GGGAGAUCAGAGGAGCCAAAAAAAAAUAUCCAACAGGGAGGGAGCCCAUGUGGAGGCUGCCUGCUUGCCAAGUGUGAUGUGGGCGCCGUGCUUGCCAUGUGUUGAUGAGCUAGUCCACCAUAGCAUAGACAAACAAAUAAUCCUCCUCCUCCUACCUGGCUCUUACCCUGUCUUCUUGUACCAAAACAAAGCUCCCACCAAAUCAGCCCUCUUCUUCAUCUUCUUCUUCCUCCCCGUCUCGUCUCCAAUCGGAACGAAUUUGUUCCAGUAUAAUUGUUGGUUGUUUCAUUGUUAAUUCUUGUUGGAAGCUUUAGCUCUUGCCCUCUUGGAGAUGAGGAUAGAGUGAAAUUAAAGGAUCUCCAAUCCAAGCCGAUAAUGGCGAUGGAGCCUGAGUUGAAGGUCGCGCUGGGUUCCGCCGCGUUCGCCAUCUUCUGGGUGCUGGCGGUGUUCCCGGCGGUGCCCUUCCUCCCGAUCGGCCGCACGGCGGGUUCCCUGCUGGGCGCGAUGCUGAUGGUGCUCCUGGGCGUGAUGAGCGCCGACGAGGCGUACGCGGCGGUGGACCUGCCCAUCCUGGGCCUGCUGUUCGGCACCAUGGUGGUGAGCGUCUACCUGGAGCGCGCCGACAUGUUCCGGCACCUUGGGCGGGUGCUCUCGUGGCGGAGCCGCGGCGGGCGGGACCUGCUGGUGCGGACCUGCGCCGUGUCGGCGGUGGCGUCGGCGCUCUUCACCAACGACACCUGCUGCGUGGUGCUGACGGAGUUCAUCCUCAAGAUCGCGCGGCAGAACAACCUGCCGCCACGGCCGUUCCUGCUGGCGCUGGCGUCCAGCGCCAACAUCGGCUCCGCCGCCACGCCCAUCGGCAACCCGCAGAACCUGGUGAUCGCGGUGCAGAGCCGCAUCCCCUUCGGGCGCUUCGUCCUGGGGAUCCUCCCCGCCACGCUCCUGGGCUCCGCCAUCAACGCCGCCAUCCUGCUCUGCCUCUACUGGGGCCAGCUCGACGGCGGCAGCAAGCCCGCGCCCGAGGAGGUGGCCGUCGCCAACUGCUUCGUGCCCACCGAGGUGGUGGAGGAGGAGGACGUGACGUCGCACCGGUUCACACCCGCCACCAUGUCGCACCUGCUGCUGCUUAAUAAGCCGGUCAAGCAGCCGGCGGAGGAGGAGCCCGUCAUCAAGCAGCCGGCGGAGGACGAUGCCACCGUCAUCAAGCAGCCGGCCGGAGCUGUGGCCAACGGCAACGGCAUCCACCAGAGGCGCGGCAAGCAGGAUGAUCAUAAGGAGCAGUGGCAGUCGCAGUCGCCGGAGGAUAAGGAUAACGGGGACGAAGAGGACGACGAGGAGUGGCAGAGCAGGUUGUGGAAGGCGUGCGUGUACGUGAUCACGGCGGGCAUGCUGGUGGCGCUGCUGCUGGGGCUCAACAUGUCGUGGAGCGCCAUCACCGCGGCGCUGGCGCUCAUCGUGCUCGACUUCAAGGACGCGCGGCCCUGCCUGGAGAAGGUGUCGUAUCCUCUGCUGCUCUUCUUCUGCGGGAUGUUCAUCACCGUGGACGGCUUCAACAAGACGGGCAUCCCCAGCGCAUUCUGGGAGAUGAUGGAGCCCUACGCGCGGAUCGACACGCCCACCGGCACCGUCAUCCUCGCGCUCGUCAUCCUCCUCCUCUCCAACGUCGCGUCGAAUGUACCCACAGUUCUGCUGCUCGGCGCCCGGGUGGCGGCCUCCGCCGCGGCCAUCUCCCCCGCCGCCGAGACCAACGCGUGGCUCCUCCUCGCCUGGACCAGCACGGUGGCCGGCAACCUGUCCCUCCUGGGCUCCGCCGCCAACCUCAUCGUCUGCGAGCAGGCGCGCCGCUCCCAGCAGUACGGAUACACACUCUCCUUCCUCAGCCACCUCCAGUUCGGCUUCCCGGCCACGCUCGUCGUCACGGCCAUCGGCCUGCUGCUCAUCAGAGGCUACUGAUCGAUUAUAUUGAUGAUCCGCCCCAUGUAUGGGUAUGGGUAUGUGUAUGUAUAUGGAAAUAUGGAAUGGGAUAUGGAAAUACUACGGUGAUACUAUAUGUAUAUGUGUACAGGGAAUGGGGGAACGAAACAAAUUAAACGUGUCCCAGCUUGUAUUUUGUACUACAGGAAAGAAAGAUUAUUCAUUGGUUCCGUUGCCUUGCCUCCCGAUGGGGUGACGAGGGCACGCUGCUUAGUUUGGAGGCGUUUUGAGCUCUAGUGCAUUUUAGUGGUCAAGGAAUUAAGCUCUACAUUUUGUAGUAGCAUAUCAUACAUAUACCAUAUUAUAAAAAAGGGUACUGUAUGCA